AUGGAUGACGAAAUGUUAUGUAGUGAUUUAUUAUUCUCGGGUCACACAUUAGCUAUGGUUGUCAGCUCAUUAACAGUCGCUUAUUAUUUGCCUACUCAUUUAGAGCACUCAGAUAUAUAUCACGUAUGUUAUCAUGGGUUGGCAUGGUCUGUAUGGUCAUUAGUAGGACUCAUUAUACCAUCGAUGUCCUUUUUGCGUACUGGCUCUCAACGGCAAUAUUCAGUUGAAACAAAUGACAUUUGGAGAAAGCGUGGUCCUAGUCAACAACUGAGGCUUACGCUUUCUCCGCAGAAAAGGAAAAGAUCUUCAUGUUGUCUAGAUUUGAUUUGUACCAAUCAUUAG